AUCGAUGUCUAGUCUUUAUUGCACUGUUUUUUCCUUUCAGAAGUCAUUCUUCUCAUUCAAAGGGCCAAUGACAAGAUUUUUCUAUUAUUUUGCAUAUGGAAGUAAUUUAUUGAAAGAAAGGAUCCGAGUUCAGAUCAAAGGCGCUGAAUACGAAUGCAAUGGAAUCUUGAAAGAUUAUGUGGUGGACUUCGUAUCACAUGGAAACCGAUGGCAUGGUGCACUGGCAACGAUAAAAUAUAAACAAGGAUCCGAGGUUCAUGGUUGUGUUUGGCGAGUUCCAGAGGAUUUUGCUGAUGAAUUAGAUGUGCAAGAGGUUCGUUAUCACCGGCUGACGGUGCGAAUCCAGUGCCAGGACCGUGUCAUAGACUGUCGGACAUAUCAAUUCUCGGACGAAAAGGCACCAUCGGAGCUGCCUUCACCUCAUUACAAAACUGUUAUUCUGGCCGGCGCUGAAGAGCAUUCAUUGCCUCCGGACUAUAUCAAAAAAUUAGCUGCAUUUUCUGACAACGGGUACAAAGGACGAGUAGAAGUUGAUGUGGAAGCAAUCAAACAUUUGAAUAUCCAAGGCGUGGAAUUCGAAUGCAUCGGUGUUGUAAAAAACUAUAAACUGGUUUUCGUUGGAACUUCGAAGCGAUGGCAUGGUGGUCGCGCGACCAUCGCAGAAAAACGAGGAGCAGAGGUCCAUGGAUGCAUAUGGAGGAUCCCUGACGAAUUCUCAGAUGAACUGGAUAGACAACAAGAUGGCUGCAAUAGAUUGACGGUUCCAAUUGAGACUCCUGAUUGCCUGAUUGAAUGUCGAACAUAUCAAUAUGCUGACAAGAAAGCAAAAGCCGAGAAUCCGUCACCUCAUCUGAAGACUGUGAUUCUGGCCGGAGCCGUUGAACACGCACUGCCACCAGCUUACCUUAAGGAACUUGCAAAAAUUCCUGACAAUGGUUACAGAGGACGAGUAGAUGCAGAUAUCGACGUGAUCAAGCAUUUGAACUCAGCUUAA